UUGUUUUAUAGUAUAAAAUACAUCAAUCCACUCGUUGUCAUGUCUACAUUAAACUGGGGGAUAUUGGGUGCUGGGAACAUCUCUUCCCAAUUUGUACACGACUUAUUAUUGAACAACUCUCGUAAUGGAAAAAUCAUGCACAUCGUGAGAUCAGUGGGCUCAUCCUCUCAAGAAAAGGGCCAGAAAUUCGUCGAUAGUACUGGUAUUACUAUUGAGAAUAAUGGUGGUGUCACCCCAAGUGUCCAACUGUAUAAGGAGUUUUUCACCAAUAAAUCAAUUGACGUUGUUUAUAUCGGUACCCCACAUCCAUUCCACAGGAAGCAAGCUAUCGAAGCAUUGGAAAAUGGUAAACAUGUUCUUUGCGAAAAACCGGUAACGGUAACAGGAGAGAGUGCUAGGGAACUUAUUGCAUUGGCUAAGAAGAAAAACUUAUUCUUCAUGGAAGCUGUAUGGACAAGAUUCUUCCCUUCAAUUGAUCUUAUCAAGAAGUAUGUCUUUCAAGAGAAGGUUUUGGGGGAUACCAAGAGACUUUGGGUAGACUUUGGCUAUGAUGCAGGUCUCGACACCUUACCAGCGACCUCGAGAGUAAGAGACCCCAAAUUAGCUGGUGGUGCAUUACUUGAUAUAGGGGUCUACAAUAUUACAUAUGCUCGUAUAUUGUUGGAUACCGGGGUAGGUAAGAAUGCUUCAGAAUUUGACGUCAAAUCAUUCCAAACUAUAGAUGAAAAUGACGGGGUAGACUAUGUUUCUUCAAUGCUUUUCAAGUAUAAGAGUGGCAAACAUGCUAUUCUUAGUUGUACCAAUUAUUCAUCAGACGAUGGUCCAUUCCUUAGACUUGAAGGUACGAAGGGUAAACUUGAAAUUUGGGCAUCCAAUCCUGCUUGCCCCAAGAAAUUCAAGAUUACAUUUAAAGAUGGGACCGAACCAAUUGAAUACGAAGACACAACGGGCUACAAUGGGUUUAUCUACGAAGCCAAUGCAGUUGCUGAAGACAUUGCGCAAGGAAGAAUUGAAAAUUCUACUAUGCCAUGGGAUGAAACGCUUUUAGUUAUGGAUAUUAUGGACAAAGUCAGAAAGGAUAGUGGUUUACAAUAUCCCAUGGGUAUUGAGUAA